AUGGCCUCUACAGGCGCACCCCCACCUUACUCAAUAAACAACAGUACUUCGACCCAUAAAACUGAGACUUCGUCUUUUGAGUGUAUUGGUUCAACAGGAGACAACUUAGAAUCACAAAGAUGGGCUGAACAGCCCGUGGAGUCGAGUGUUGGGGAAGGGAUUGAACCUUUGUGGAAACCAAGUCUUGUGGACUGGUUGACUAUUUUGAUGCUACUACUGCUCUCCAUGAUGAUCACUAUAGAUGGCACAAUCUUGGCGUCCAUAUUACCGUCCCUGACGGCGUCACUGAAGAUGAGCUCAGCGGAUGCAUUUUGGUGUGGAACGGGAUACCUACUGUCAUGCGCCAUCACGCAACCCUACUUCACCACACUGUCUGGGUUCGUACAACGUCGGUGCCAAAUGCUUCUAGCAUUGGGGCUGUUCACUGCUGGGACUCUGAUAUGCUGUCUUUCGAAGCAUUUUGCACAAAUGAUCUCUGGCCGUGUGAUCCAAGGUAUCGGUGCAGGCGGUGUAGCGUCGGGGUCUUUUAUAUUACUAGCAGACCUCGUACCGCUCAGAGAGCGGCCUAUGUACUGUGGUCUUGUGGUUCUAUUUGGCGCAGUUGGUGCAGUGAUAGGACCGCUUCUUGGGGGGUUAUUUAUCGACCAUCUGAACUGGCGGUGGGCGUUCUAUAUCAACUUUCCGUUUCUCCUUGUCAUAUUUGGGCAACUAAUUUUCGUACCUCUGCCCCUACAACAUACACAGGAAUCUACCCAUCGAAUUGGGUCUCUCGAUUGGGCUGGUGGCGUACUAUUUCUCACAAGUGCGGGAAGCUUUCUUAUCGGUUUAAGCUGGGGUGGUGUUCAAUAUCCAUGGAACAGCUGGAAAACCUAUGUUCCUAUUAUUCUGGGAGGUCUGGGACUCAUUGCAACUAUGUUCUGGGAAGGAUAUAUGACCCCUAACCCAAUUCUCCAUAUCCACUUAUUCAAAAGCGUCCGGCAAAUUUCCGCCUAUAUAUUGGUCUUCUUCCACGGCUUUCUGAACUUGAGCGAGCUAUAUUGCAUCCCAAUCUACUUUCAAUCGGCCAAGCUCCGGAGUGCGACCAGCGCUAGUAUUACCUUGAUACCUAUUACAGCUGCAAUUCUACCAGCCGCAGCCGUUACAGGAAUUUUAAUUACAAGAUUUGGCUAUAUUCACUGGCCACUGUGGCUGUCGUGGAUAAUCACAGUUAUAGCCACCGGCUGCCUUAUCUCAUGGGAUACAAGUACAACUACAGUGCAAUGGGCUCUCAACCUUGUAGCUGUUGGCGUCGGUCAUGGUAUCACCCUGUCUUCUCUGAAUUCAUGUGUACAAGUUCUGGCAGACCCAAAAGACACGAGCUAUGCCUUCGCGAUGUACGCCUUUGUCCGUACAAUAGGAAUGUGCGUCGGAGUGCCAGUGGGUGGCACAACAUUCAGCAAUAGGUUGAAGUUCCACGCUCACAACCUGGGACUCCCUGCUGAGAUAGGAGGGAAUAUGGUGGGAGCUAUUGAUGCUUUUAAAGAUAUGACGGCUACUGCAGAGCAGGUGGAGGUUUUCAAACUCGCAUAUGCCAGGGCAUUCCGCAACGUGGCCGAAGCUCUGACAGGAAUUGCUGUACUAGGUCUUAUUGUUUCGGUGUUUGUUCGGCGUGUCAGACUCUAA